AUGCCAUCCCUCAUGCCAUCCCUCAUGCCAUCCUUCAUGCCAUCCCUCAUGCCAUCCCUCAUGCCAUCCCUCAUGCCAUCCCUCAUGCCAUCCCUCAUGCCAUCCCUCAUGCCAUCCCUCAUGCCAUCCCUCAUGCCAUCCUUCAUGCCAUCCCUCAUGCCAUCCCUCAUGCCAUCCCUCAUGCCAUCCCUCAUGCCAUCCCUCAUGCCAUCCCUCAUGCCAUCCCUCAUGCCAUCCCUCAUGCCAUCCCUCAUGCCAUCCCUCAUGCCAUCCCUCGUGCCAUCCCUCGUGCCAUCCCUCGUGCCAUCCCUCGUGCCAUCCCUCGUGCCAUCCCUCGUGCCAUCCCUCGUGCCAUCCCUCGUGCCAUCCCUCGUGCCAUCCCUAUGCCAUCCCUCGUGCCAUCCCUCGUGCCAUCCCUCGUGCCAUCCCUCGUGCCAUCCCUCGUGCCAUCCCUCGUGCCAUCCCUCGUGCCAUCCCUCAUGCCAUCCCUCGUGCCAUCCCUCGUGCCAUCCAUCGUGCCUUUUUUAUGCCAUCCCUCGUGCCAUCCCUCGUGCCAUCCCUUGUGCCAUCCCUCGUGCCAUCCCUCGUGCCAUCCCUCGUGCCAUCCCUCGUGCCAUCCCUCGUGCCAUCCCUCAUGCCAUCCCUCAUGCCAUCCCUCAUGCCAUCCCUCAUGCCAUCCCUCAUGCCAUCCCUCAUGCCAUCCCUCAUGCCAUCCCUCAUGCCAUCCCUCAUGCCAUCCCUCAUGCCAUCCCUCAUGCCAUCCCUCAUGCCAUCCCUCAUGCCAUCCCUCAUGCCAUCCCUCGUGCCAUCCCUCGUGCCAUCCCUCGUGCCAUCCCUCGUGCCAUCCCUCGUGCCAUCCCUCGUGCCAUCCCUCGUGCCAUCCCUAUGCCAUCCCUCGUGCCAUCCCUCGUGCCAUCCCUCGUGCCAUCCCUCGUGCCAUCCCUCGUGCCAUCCCUCGUGCCAUCCCUCGUGCCAUCCCUCAUGCCAUCCCUCGUGCCAUCCCUCGUGCCAUCCAUCGUGCCUUUUUUAUGCCAUCCCUCGUGCCAUCCCUCGUGCCAUCCCUUGUGCCAUCCCUCGUGCCAUCCCUCGUGCCAUCCCUCGUGCCAUCCCUCGUGCCAUCCCUCGUGCCAUCCCUCAUGCCAUCCCUCAUGCCAUCCCUCAUGCCAUCCUUCAUGCCAUCCCUCAUGCCAUCCCUCAUGCCAUCCCUCAUGCCAUCCCUCAUGCCAUCCCUCAUGCCAUCCCUCAUGCCAUCCCUCAUGCCAUCCCUCAUGCCAUCCCUCAUGCCAUCCUUCAUGCCAUCCCUCAUGCCAUCCCUCGUGCCAUCCCUCGUGCCAUCCCUCGUGCCAUCCCUCGUGCCAUCCCUCGUGCCAUCCCUCGUGCCAUCCCUCGUGCCAUCCCUCGUGCCAUCCCUAUGCCAUCCCUCGUGCCAUCCCUCGUGCCAUCCCUCGUGCCAUCCCUCGUGCCAUCCCUCGUGCCAUCCCUCGUGCCAUCCCUCGUGCCAUCCCUCAUGCCAUCCCUCGUGCCAUCCCUCGUGCCAUCCAUCGUGCCUUUUUUAUGCCAUCCCUCGUGCCAUCCCUCGUGCCAUCCCUUGUGCCAUCCCUCGUGCCAUCCCUCGUGCCAUCCCUCGUGCCAUCCCUCGUGCCAUCCCUCGUGCCAUCCCUCAUGCCAUCCCUCAUGCCAUCCCUCAUGCCAUCCUUCAUGCCAUCCCUCAUGCCAUCCCUCAUGCCAUCCCUCAUGCCAUCCCUCAUGCCAUCCCUCAUGCCAUCCCUCAUGCCAUCCCUCAUGCCAUCCCUCAUGCCAUCCCUCAUGCCAUCCCUCAUGCCAUCCCUCAUGCCAUCCCUCAUGCCAUCCCUCAUGCCAUCCCUCGUGCCAUCCCUCGUGCCAUCCCUCGUGCCAUCCCUCGUGCCAUCCCUCGUGCCAUCCCUCGUGCCAUCCCUCGUGCCAUCCCUCGUGCCAUCCCUAUGCCAUCCCUCGUGCCAUCCCUCGUGCCAUCCCUCGUGCCAUCCCUCGUGCCAUCCCUCGUGCCAUCCCUCGUGCCAUCCCUCGUGCCAUCCCUCAUGCCAUCCCUCGUGCCAUCCCUCGUGCCAUCCAUCGUGCCUUUUUUAUGCCAUCCCUCGUGCCAUCCCUCGUGCCAUCCCUUGUGCCAUCCCUCGUGCCAUCCCUCGUGCCAUCCCUCGUGCCAUCCCUCGUGCCAUCCCUCGUGCCAUCCCUCAUGCCAUCCCUCGUGCCAUCCCUCGUGCCAUCCCUCGUGCCAUCCCUCGUGCCAUCCCUCAUGCCAUCCCUCGUGCCAUCCCUCGUGCCAUCCCUCGUGCCAUCCCUCGUGCCAUCCCUCGUGCCAUCCCUCGUGCCAUCCCUCAUGCCAUCCCUCAUGCCAUCCCUCGUGCCAUUCCUCGAGCGGUUGAGCGCGGGGGGCAGCGCGGGCCAGUGCACCAGCAGCAGGCGGCGGCCGCGGCAGCGGUGCGGCGGGAACUGGUGCUCCCACAGAUCCCUCUGCGCCGCCCGCGUGCCGCCCAGAUUGCCCGCGUCCGACCCGCGCACCUGCGGGAGGGAGGGUGA